AUGGCUGCGGCCGUAGCCACGGAGGCCGUCUCCGCCCUUCCCUCCCCUCUUUCCCCCAGCGCGCUCCCUCUCCUCUGCCGCUGGGGCCUAGCGCCGCCGCCACCGGCCUCCCAGCUCGCGGAAGCCGGUGAUGGGGUGCUACCUCCACCGCAGACCAAGGAGGUAGCUGCUUCCCGUGCAGGUGGGCCCCGGGUGGCCAGAUCCGUGGCCGACGGCAGUGAUGAAGCCGCCGCGCGGCAGCAGCCGACCUAG